AUGUAUAGAUCCGUCGGGUCUUGGUUGUUUGCAAAGCCAAAGAGCGCUGCAAUGCAAAUUUAUCAAGACAAUAAUCGGACGGCAUACCGAAAAUAGCGCAGCAGAAUCGCAGAAAACCUCAGAAGCUUCUUUCAACUAUAAUGCUUUCUGAACUUCUCCCGGCUCAGUAGUGCUAGAGCCUCAGACGUAUUUCAUCCUCUUCCUCAUCGAUUGUGACUCUGAACUUCUCUCUCCCUCUGCUGAGGGAGCACCUACCGUCUGUACUUCUGCUGUCCAGUACACCAAAGCAGACUUUUGGAAUGGCUGCUAAACCUCAUCCACCUCUGAUGAAGAAACACAGUCAGACCGAUCUGGUGAGUCGUCUCAAGACACGCAAGAUCCUGGGCGUCGGUGGAGAGGAUGAUGAUGGAGAAGUGCAUAGGUCGAAGAUCAGUCAGAUGCUGGGGAAUGAGAUCAAGUUUGCAGUUCGAGAGCCUAUGGGACUGAGGUUAUGGAUCCUCUUCUCCGCUGUGGUUUUCACAGUCAUGGCCCUUAUGGCCCUAGCCUUCCCUAGCCAGCUGUAUGAAGUUGUAUUUGAUCAAGAACAAACAGCCACCAGUGUCUCUAUACGUCUCUAUGGAGGGGCCAUUCUCAGUCUCUCUCUGAUCUUGUGGAAUGGCUUGUACACUGCUGAGAAAGUUAUCAUCCAAUGGACGUUACUUAGCGAGGCCUGCUACUUUGCCAUCCAGUUUUUAGUGACCUCCGUCACUCUGGUGGAGCUGGGCUCCCUACCAAAUGCUGCCAUCCUCCUCCUCCUCAGUCGCGUAUUCUUCCUCACUGUCACGCUGACCUACUACUACCAUCUGGGACGCCGGCCCAAGAAGAUCUGAGAGCCCCCCAAGCACCGUUACGACACACCUGGUGCUUGGGGAGUUGAGUGACGGGCCACUGGGCUGGAGUUUCCAUCAGAAGCUUUGAACAGUGACACGACCAACAACAUCAACCUGUUCACCUGGCGUUGAGCCCUACCACAAGGACAACGCCAACCCCAAGGCCUUUAUUUUGAUUUCAGCUUACACACAGGAGUUUGCCUUUACUGAGCAACUCCAUCUCUUUUUGUUUUCUUUUCUUUUUUUUAAUGGGAAACACUCACAAUAUGGUCAAAUGAA